AUGCGAAGCCUACGUUAUCUCCCAUCAAGCUUGUCUGUCGUUGCUGUCACAAGAACUUUGGCGAGCCCUCUUGUCAUUCCUGGGCAUGAAGGCAGUCUCACUGUAGGACACGCUGCCACUGACAACUUCGAAAACAUCCUGCCGGAACUGGGUACCAGAGCCGUCAAGAAGCCGUUCUAUGCCAUCGCUCAUCGAUGUAACAACAUGGGCGCUGUUCAACGCGCUGUAAAAGACGGUGCCAAUGCCAUAGAGAUGGAUUUAUUCUCAGAAGGCAAAGAUGGUUGGUGGGCCUCGCACGAUGGACCAAGCAAGAAUGGUAAUAGCGCGAAAGAAAUGUUCGAUAACAUCGCUGCCCAUCGCAAGGCUGGCAAGUCCAUUACUUUUGUCUGGCUUGACUUGAAGAACCCCGAUGCCUGCGAUCCUGGAAAACCGGCAGAAUGGGGUUGUUCAAUCGCGGCGCUUAGGGACCUGGCUAGACAGAUCCUAGAGCCUCAAGGUGUUCGCGUCCUGUAUGGGUUUUCAGGAAACGAGAAUGGCCACGCAUACCAGCUUCUACAAUCCGGCCUCACUGCUAACGAGGCUCUGAAUGUAGAUGGUAGAUCAUCUCCACUGCAGCAGUUUUUCAACAACAAGGGACCUUCCAGUAUCCAGAAGCGUGUAGCUUCAUAUGGCUGGAUGGACCUCAAAGAAGGAUUUGGCGAUUGCACAGAGUCGGGAGAUGCACAUCUCACAUGUACUCAGCUGCGCCAGGAGGUUGCUAGCGGUAAAUUCGGAAAGGUAUUCAGUUGGACGGCGGUGGUGGAUCAAGUGCAGUUGGUUCACAAGCUCAUGGGCGUGGGUAUUGACGGUAUUAUCUAUGGAUUGGAUGUCGCUCCUUACCGCGGGAGUGCUACUCAAGCUCUUGUGCAGAUCCGAAGUUCGCUUGCGCAGAAUGGAGGAUACCGAUACGCGGGAAUUAGCGAUAAUCCAUGGUAG